UUCUUUUCUUUGAUUUCUUUGUUUCUUCUCAUUCAAUUCUUUCAUCAAAGACUCCAAACUGUCUCUCACUUUCUUGGAAUUCUCCAAUUUCCCAUCAAUCAUAAACCAAAACCCAGGUUUUUUUUUCCAAUUUCUUGAAAGAUUUUCUUCUUUUUUUCCCAAUGGAGGUGGCUAAGAAUUCAAAACUGGGGACUCCUGUGAAAGACCCAGAAGGGAGUUCUAAAUUAAAAAACCAAAAGGUUUCAAAACUUUCUGAAAAUUCGAAUCCAAAUAUCUCUGAUUCAAGUUCUCCAUUAACAAAAUCUGCAAAAUCCCAGAAAUAUUCUUCCAAGAAUCCAGUUGUUUAUUCACCAAGAAACAAGCUUAGGGAAAGAAAGUUUGUGGUGGCUAAGAAGAACUCGAAGAAAGAAAGGUCUAAUUCAAAUCCAAAGGUUGAGAUCGAUUGCAAAUGUAAAGACAAGUUUGGUGGGAAUUCAAAGAAGUGUCUAUGUGUUGCUUAUGAGAAUUUGAGAGCAUCUCAAGAAGAGUUUUUUAAGAACAAAGCUGAAACUGAAGCUGAAGAAGAGGCUGAAGAGAACGGUGAUUUUAUUGAGAAUCUUCGAGAAGGGUAUGGAUCAGAUAAUCAAGAGAUUGAUGAGAUCGAAAACUCGGAUCAAACGGGUAGUUCAACUAUCAAGAGAAGGAGGGAUAAGUUGAUGGAGGAAGCAAGAAAUAGUGUGCCUGAAUCUGGGAAAGUUAUGCACUUGGUUAAGGCUUUCGAGAGGCUUCUUUCGAUACCGAAUUCAAAGGAAUCAGAGGAGGGAGAUGAUCAAAAGGAACCAAAAGAAGAGAAGAUUGAUAAUAAUAAUAAGAAGCCACUGAAAUGGGCAUUACCUGGAUUGCAACCACCAAAGGUGCCUGAGGCUAACAUUGAGAAUGAGGAUGAGUCUAAGGAUUCUUCUUCUUCAUUCUGUCCAUCAGAUUUUGUUCUGACUGCUCAGAAUCUUGGUUUGGAUCCACGUUUCUCAGUUUCUUCUUCAUGGGAUAGCAGCCAUGGAAGUAUUUCAAGAAGGACUUCUAAUGGAGGUCGAAGAAGCAGAAGAAAUAGCUCUGACUCUGUUGGGACAAUUGGUGGGAAGAGAUGGAAAAGGCAGCUCAAACCCACUUCCCAAAAACCAUUCAAGCUAAGAACUGAGCAAAGAGGAAAAGUGAAGGAAGAAGAAUUCAUGAAGAAGAUCCAAGAAAUGAUGGAAGAGCAAGAGAAACAACGGAUACCAAUUGCUCAAGGCCUCCCAUGGACAACAGACGAACCUGAGAUCUUGAUCAAACCUCCUGUUAAAGAGUUUACAAGACCAGUAGACCUGAGACUCCACAGUGACGUGCGAGCAGUGGAGCGCGCAGAGUUUGAUCAUCAGGUAGCUGAGAAGAUAAGUCUAAUAGAGCAAUAUAAAAUGGAAAGGGAGAGGCAGCAAAAGAUUGCUGAAGAAGAAGAGAUAAAGAGGCUGAGAAAGGAGCUCAUUCCAAAAGCACAGCCUAUGCCCUACUUUGACAGGCCUUUUAUCCCUAGAAGGUCCUUGAAGCAUCCAACUAUACCAAAGGAGCCAAAGGUCCACAUUCCACAACAUAAGAAGAUAAAGUGCUGCAUAUCAUGGAAUGACAUGAGUUCGUACACUUUUCAGCGCAAUGAAGCAAGAGAAACAUAGGUUUUGAUUACCUAAUGUCAAUUCUACUCCUCAAUUGUUUUCCCCCUUUGGAAGCCAUCUGAAGAUUUGUACAUGUGCAACCAAUUUAGUUGCAAUUUUGCCUUUUCUUUAGUGGAAGAACAAUGGGCAUGAAAAUGAAGUCUCAUUCUGAUCAGUGAGCUUCUUGUUUACUUAGAAUACCAGAUACCAUCUCUAAGAUUAUUGAUCAGAAGAACUGCAUUCUUCAGAAUAAGUUGCUUUCAUGGAGCUGCACCACAAGUAGCUUUCCCUCCAGCAAUGUUUUGAUCCAUUUUUAUC